CCGCUGCGGGCGGCUCGGGGCGCUGACAAAGCCGGCUCCCGCCGCGGGAUGCAGCCGGGCCGGGCGCCGCGGCCCCCCCGCCGCCCCGCGCCCCCGCAGUGAGCCCGCCGGGCCGGGCCAGCGCCGCCAUGGGCAAAUCCAACAGCAAGCUGAAGCCUGAAGUUGUGGAGGAGCUCACCAGGAAAACCUACUUUACGGAGAAGGAGGUGCAGCAGUGGUACAAGGGCUUUAUCAAGGACUGCCCCAGCGGGCAGCUCGAUGCCGCCGGCUUCCAGAAGAUCUAUAAGCAGUUCUUCCCCUUUGGUGACCCAACCAAAUUCGCCACCUUUGUUUUCAAUGUCUUCGAUGAGAAUAAAGAUGGGAGGAUCGAGUUUUCAGAGUUCAUCCAGGCGCUGUCGGUCACCUCCCGGGGGACACUGGAUGAGAAGCUGAGGUGGGCAUUUAAGCUGUACGACUUGGACAACGACGGCUACAUCACGAGGAAUGAGAUGCUGGACAUUGUGGAUGCGAUUUAUCAGAUGGUGGGAAACACAGUGGAGCUUCCUGAGGAAGAGAACACACCUGAGAAGAGGGUAGAUCGGAUUUUUGCCAUGAUGGACAAGAACGCGGAUGGGAAGCUGACGCUGCAGGAGUUUCAGGAGGGCUCCAAGGCUGACCCCUCCAUCGUGCAGGCACUGUCCCUCUACGAUGGGCUUGUAUAGUCCCGGGGCCGAGCGGCGAUGCCUGGGGGAAGAUGCUCUCCGUGCCAUCCGACCACCACCGCGCGAAGCUUGCCUGUCCCUCUUGGCCUUCCUUUCUGUUCUGCGAGCGAAGGAUGCCCUCGAAGCGCGAGCUCACUCCCCCUCUCUGCACUCUGAACCAGCCGCUGCCAUUUGCCAACUUCUGCUUUUUCCAAACAAAAACCCGCGACAGAUCCCAGUCUGAGCGGCAGCGAACGCCUGAGACUUCAUGGCCAGGGGACCGGUGCUCAAGCAUCGCCGAAGGCAGAGCCCCCGCCCCGGCUUCCUCUCUCCCUUUGCUCCCCCUUUCCUACAUUUCCUAUGGGACUGCGGAUGCGUUGCCGUGGUCCUGUCCUGGGAAGCGGCCAGCUGGAGACGGAGCCCACAGGUACCGGGGGGCCGUGCACCCCAAGGUGCUGCCUGCGCGGGGCGGCCGGGGAGCCGAAGCACCGACGGCGAUUGGGAACACAGUCCUGGCGUCACCUGCGAUGCCGCUGGCAGCCCGGCCCGGCUCACUAGGGAUAUAUAUUAUUAUAUUAUUAUUUUAUUUUUGUUGGUGAGACAGUAUUGUGCUUUUUCUUUUGUUUUUCUUUUUUUUUUUUUCCUUUGGUGGAAAAAAAGUGAGGCUUUUUUUUUUUUAUUAUAUGCCUGUCUCAACGAUCGAUAUCCUUAUUUAUUUGUUGUAAAUGUUGCUGCCGUGUUUAGUCUCUCGUGUGUGUGUCCGACCAUCUAGGUGAUGAUGUGUAAGGUUUACAUGCUCGUACACUAUUGCGGGGCACCGGGAGCCUGCAAUAAUAAUGAAGCCAAAAAUCUACCUUUCCUUCUCUCCUCCCACCCCUGUAUCCCGAGCUCUGUGGGCUGGCUGCUGUUGUAAGGGGAUGCUGUAGCUUCCUUUCCUCUUCCCUUUCCCCCGUUCCCUGCGUUGUUCUCUUCACUCAUCCCGUUCUUUGUGAGCUCAGCCCAGGCUCCGAGUGCACUGAGCCCACUCCAUCCCUCAGCCAGGCAGGGCAAGGAGACCACCAGGCACCAGAACAUCCUUAUUUCCAUUUUGGUUUUCAUCUUCUCACUGCAUGGAAAAGUAUUAAUGGAGCUGAGAGUUGGGGUUUGCUUUAAAGCGGAUUCCUUUACUAUUUUCUGGUUUGCUGUGACUCAGCCUGUGCUCGGGGAGCAGAGGGGAUGCCUGCAAGGAACGUCUUGCUCCGUCCUCCAUCCCAGCUGGAGUGAUGCAGCACCUCCUGCCUCGGGAAUGCCCAGCUGGAGACGUGGAGCUUGGGGUGUUUCCUUAUCCCCUGGCUCCUCGUUUAGGUUGUGGGAGGUUUUGCCAUAAGUGAAAAGCGAGGCCCCAAAGCAGAGCCAGUUACGCCCACUCUGCCUCGGGGGAGGCUGAGGAAACGCACCUGGAGACUGAGAUGAGCCCAAGCAGGACUCAGCCCUGCUGGGGGACACAGUUGGCAUCUGCUGGAGGAUGAGCAUUUAACGGUUGCUGCUGCGGCUCCGUUUCCAUCCACCUCAGUCCCUGCCCUGGAUAAGGACAGAUUGGCAUUUAGCUGGGAGCAAAGUCCAAGACACCUGUGGGACCGCUGAAGGCAAGAGGCAAACCCUUCCUGCUUCAAUAUGAUUUAUUCCUGGCCCAGCAACCCCGAUGCCGCUCUCCCACUACCCUGGGGGAUCACCCUUCCAUUCCUGGUGGAAUCUUUCCACCCUGUUGUCUGCAGAGAUGUCUGCAGCUCCCGUGGCCAACCCCAGACAAGGGACUGUCCCCGUGGCAGUGGGAGGUGACAUCUGGAUGUGGAGGACAUUCUCACAGGUGUCCCACGAUGCAGGAGACAAGGCGGUCCCCCAAUGGGGUCUGAAUCCUCCCCGCGUGCCGGGGGAGUGCAGCUCCACUCCUCAGUUUCGGGGCCGUGUGCUGGUGAAACUUUCUGGUGCCCAUCAAAAAAACACCCUUCCCCACCCCGAGGAGACUGACCUCACCACCACGUGCAAUAUUUCUGCCUCUUCUGCAGUUCCUGCCCCUGAGGAGGCCCAUGUUUCAUUGUGGGGGGCUUCUGGAGAUUGUCACCUUGCUUCCUCCCAUGGAAACUCCUUUUUCUUGAUGCUUUGUGGCCAAAAUGCAACUCUUUUGGGCAGAUCUUUGCAGUGCCUCCAACUUCUCUAAUGCUCGUCUGCCAGACCAGUUCCUUCCCAGUGCCAAUUGAUGUUGCCAAUGAAUGUGAUACUGCUGUAAUCGCCUCCGCUGAUGAAUGAUGGACCCCGCAGCGUUUGAUAGAAUUCCUCGGCAAAAGGAAACCUCAUUUGCUUGACACUUUCCCGUGAAUGGCUUUUAAUUUUUGGAGGACCUGCCAUGCUUUGAGCUCCACCAGUGCUUGCUGAUGUCACACCGGGGAAGCAGUCCUGUGAAGGGCAAUGGGUUUGUGGCCACCAUCAUGGGUGGGAUGAGGAACCGGCAUUGGCUUGGGAGAGCUUCAGACCCAAGAAACGCCAAAAUUCAGUGUCCACGAGGCCAGUGCUGCCAUCGCUAUCAACAACCGCCUGCUGCUGCGGCUGCUGGCGGGCUCAGGGAUGGAGCCCAACGCCUCGUCCUCCCUCGCCCCUUGUUAAAUGUUUGCAUGUUAAAAUUUAAAGAAAGAGCAAAAAGGAACGAAGGUUUUGCCCUGUAUUCAAAAGCUCUGUGAUGGCUGACGAGGAUCCUGUUGGUUUGAUGGCGACGGUGAGUUUUCUUGGGCACAGACCCCCUCCUGCAAGGUCAAGGCUGGCUUUUGUCCUGGGGCCCAGCGUGGGGUCUGUCCUGCCCCACUCUUGCCAUGCUGAGCAUCCAUGAAUAAAUCAUUCUGGUGCCAGUAUUCCCCCUUGUGUGCAGAUUCGGGACCCUGGCUUGGAUGCAUCCAAUCUCACUUUGGGGAGCACUGAGGGUUCCCGACUCCUGAACAUCACCACGAUCUGAAGAUUCUUGGUACUGCUGAAAAUAAGGCUUAAUGCAUCUCACGCUUGGAAAUGUUGGCCUUAACCUCCUCGUGCCUCAGUUUCCCCAUCAGUGAAAUGGCCUGGGGAGCCAUCCCCCUUCUGGAGAGUGAUUUGUGCCCAGGAUGCUGGGUAUGGUUCACAGCUGCAACCAGGCGGGUUUAGCAGGACCUUCCGAACAUCAGAAACAUGUGGAGCACCAAGAGCAGGGCAUGAACUGCUGGGGAGGGAUUUACAUCGCCGAACAAUUCAUUUCGGUCUUCUUUUAACACCUGCUCGUCAUUAAAAGCAGACAGCCGACAAGACCUGGAUUGUUUCUGUUUAUACUUGCAUUCCCAAUGCCUUUCUGGAAUACAGCCGGCUGCAGCCCUGCUGAUGGGAAGGGGACCCGAAGCGCAGCCAGGCAGAGGCGAGGGUCCAGCCCCGGUGACUCCAGCGUGUCCCCCCAGCUCUCAUCUGUCCCCGUCCGUGUUGCCCCAUUGAAAUGCAGCAUCUGUGUUUUCCUUUCUUUUCAAUUUUCUGUUCGUGCGCUGACUGUUUGCUGCUUUGUAACUGUCUUUCCUUGAGCUCUGGGGCCAGGCUGGGCUGAGCUGUUUUCCCCCAGAGAGCAAGGAUGUGGGAGAGAAGGCUCUUGGGGGGCAGAUUCCCCCCGACUUUCUCAUCCCAGCACAAACCAGAACUGGAGAGAGAGGAGCAAAGUGGGUUUUUGCUGUGGAGCAGCCCUUUAAUUGCUGCCGUUUGUAACAAGACCGAGUGGCUCCUGGGACUGCUCCUUGCUGGGUUUGUGGGGGUGAAGGGUUUGCUUAUUGGGGGCCCGUGUGUGCUGGGCACCGGCAGCGUCUCACCCUCCUGUGCAGAAGCGGGUGCCCAUCAGUGCCUGUCCCCCAUGCCAGGACAGCGAGUUGGAUUGGGGGGACUGAGGCUGUGGGACCCCCAUCCCAGAGCUGCUGCCCCUCCAAAAGCCUGCAGGGUUGUGAGAAACUGGCUGCCGUGGGGCAGGGGGUGGAAUGGGCUUGGAGUCUGGGGCUGAGCCCCGCUUGGAGCAGGGUAUGGGGGCAGAGCUGCUCAUUUCCCAUAAUUUAGGGUUUGGGGGGGUUGGAUGGGGUGGGUGGGUGACCCAGAGCCAGCUUGCUGUCCUAUCAUCCCCAGCGUCAGGGGGGGAUCUGGGAUAUUUUGACAGGACAUCAGCCACCCUUCCUUCGCCAAUCGGGGCGGUGGUGGUGGCUGGUGGGGUGGGAGCAAAGGGUUGGGGGCAAAGGAGGGAGCCGAUGGCCCCGAUCACUGUGCAGCAGCUCAGGGUCACCUUACAGAGUAGUUUUGGGGUCUCAGUUACAACGCCAGCCCCUGUUCCAGGAAAGCCAUCCUUCCCUUCUCCCUCUCUGCUCCUGCGGCCGCCAGCCCCGGGUGUGGGUGCUGUGUCGUGCGGGACCCCUGCCCGGGGGGGGCAGCUGAACCCCAGGCUGAAACAGCAGCUCCAGCAAAGCCUUGUGUGUAAAGAUGAAGCCUGUUUGUGCGUCCGUGCCGGUGUCUCGGCUUGCAUGCCCUGCUGCCUUGUCUUGAGAUGAAUUCAAGAGCAAACCAAGCAAACGAAACGGUUUAAAAAAAAAAAACAAAAGAAAACAAAACAAAACCCAGGAAUUUUGUGACAGUGGAAAUAAAAGCUUAAUGACAGUAA